UCUACCAUACGAAGACAUGCCCAGACUAGAUGUGACGAUGUCUUCUGGGUUGAAGAAAGUUUUGUUCUUCUGUCUUGUCUUCUGUUCAGUGACAGUCUCAGCCCUCCACAAGGAGUUUUCUGAAACAUAUCUGGACGAAGACAGAUCUGGUGUUCAAGGCCCCCCAGUUGUCAAACCAGUUAAACCAGUGCCCAAGUCUGCCCCUCCCCACAGUACACAACAUGUCCGUACUGAACCACAAAAGUCUCCAAACAGCCCUACUAGCAAACACACAGAACAAGCUGAUGAAAAGGCAGAAAUAAAAAGGCCAAACAAGGUGGAGAAUUUGAAACACAGUACACAACAUGUUCAGCCUGAAGCAAAGACAGCUACUCCAAACAAGGCAAACAAACAGGUGGAAACAGUGGAUAAAGAAACAGAGAUGGGGGGAGAGGUAGAGGAGGAGGUUUUGGAAAACUGGCGUGAGUUUCCAGAGCAGCCUCUACAGCUGGUCAGGCCUGAUGUCACACACAAGAAACUGGUUCUGGUACAGCAGAAUGUCAAACUGCUGCACAGGAUAUCUGGUGCUGUGGCCACCAUCGCUGUAGUCGGAAAGUUCCACUCAGGGAAGUCCUUUCUCAUGAACCAACUGAUGGGCAAGUCCAGCGGGUUUGGAGUCGGCCCCUACGUACGGCCGCAUACCAUGGGGAUAUGGAUGUGGGGAAAGCCUCUGGAGAUGACUCUACCUUCAGGAGACUCAGUUUCUGUUAUCUUCCUUGACACUGAAGGUUUUGCAGCCAACAACAUCUCAGAGAACUACGAUGCUAAGAUCUUUGCCGUGUCGACCCUCCUCAGCUCCUACCUGAUCUACAACUCUGUCAAAAUCAUCGACCAGGCAGACAUCGACUACCUGGAACUGCUGGCCAGAAGAACUCAGCUGUUUGCCCUGCGGUCCCAGAUGUCCAGAUCCAAGUGGGCCGACGACUUCAACCACGACCUGCUCAGCUUCCCUCCUCUGCUGUGGGUAGUCCAGGAUUUUGCCCAGUUGUUGGGUGAUAACGACUCACCCCAGGACUGGCUCAGGAAACUCAUGGACACAUCAGCCUGGGACAACGAGGACUACGAGAUCAGUUUGCUGGGUACUGGAAAUGUCAUCUUACCUAUACUAGUACCUCUGAUUUUAAAGGUUAUGCUGUGGUAUAUGUUGUCAACACUUCUUAUUUCGUGA